GCCGUUGUUGACAGACCAGGCGGUAUAAAAAUAUCAGCAAAAAACAAAUUGAGUAGUGCAGACAAACGAGUUGCACCCGUUUUAUAUUUCAUAAAAAUAGUUAAUAUAAAUUUAAAAAUGACAGAAUACGACGCACAGUAUUUGCAGGAACACUUCAGCGAUAUUUGCCGGUUCUGUUUAUCGGAGGACAACUGCGUUGAAAUCCUGAGCAAUGGAGUGGUCAACGAUUGUUUGGAAAAGGCUAUUGACUUCAUUGUUUCAAAGGUCGAUGAAAGUGACGGUCUGCCAAACAAAAUUUGCCAAAAAUGCCGCAAAUGUGUUAUAGAAUUUGCCGAGCUCGAAACUCGUUGCCAAGAAGUGUACGAAGUUCUCCAGCAAGUAUCGGAACAAGUAUUGGACACACAGAGCUGUCCCGAAACAUCGCAUGAAGAAGCGAUUGUGGACGAUACAAGAUCGAUUGAAGUUCUAGACGCUAUUGACGACAAUGAGCAAUCAGCAGAAGAGAUUGUAUACCUCGACGAACAAGAACUCGUCGAGUCUGGUAGUAUCGAAGAGCUAGAAGUUUCAAAGUCGUCAUCCCGCAGAAAGGGCAAGAGCUGUCCAGUAUGUGGAAAAUUUGUAUCUCAGCUUAGCAAGCACCUACCGAUGCAUUCCGACGUAAAACGGCAUGCUUGUUCGUUUUGCAAUAAACAGUUCGCCCACGACACCACACUCAGGAAGCACGUCAAUUCGGUUCAUCUCAAACUGAAGAGGUAUCAAUGCAAACUGUGUCAGGAGUCUUUCACGGAUCCUAGCUCACUUCGGUAUCACAAUGUAACGAAACAUCAGGACACCAAAAAUUAUACCUGCACCAUCUGUGAUAAGUCGUACUACACGUCGACGGGACUUCAGCAGCACAACAGUCUGAACCAUGAACAGCGCAAGUUCAAAUGCGAGGAAUGUGGCAAAAUGUUUGCAAUGAGAUACCAUUUGAAGGACCAUGAGAAAACUCACACGGACGUACGGCCCUAUGCCUGCAAUUUAUGUGACAGAACUUUCAAGAGAUCUAAAAAUUUGAACGAACAUUUGUCUGUUCAUGAGGGUAAAACCUCAGGUAAAACCUAACAAACUAAAAUAAGGGCAUGUUUGACAGUCUGAGAUAAUGAAAAAGCAGAUGUUAGGUAUACGUUGCAUAAAAAAUACGAAUACUGAA